GAAAGUUUGAAGAAAACCUGUUGGUCCAUCUCAGGGUAAAACCACAGUCUUUAUUUAUAGUAGUACUUCCGGUGAGCGCCAGGAACGACGUGACCAAACAACUUACGAACGAGUUUCAUUCCUUAAUGUUUUUUUUUCCUUUGCGGGUGCCUUCAAUUUUGGAAACUAGAUUAGACCAGAGCAGUGAGAGCCACUUCUCCUACUCUUUGCGAGAAGUGCGUGGGUUUUUUACAAUCACCUGUUAACUAGUACAGAGAAUUAAGAUGCAACAGACAUGGCUCAGAGUUUAUUGUCCUAAUUCCAUAUUUUAUAUCCCUCAGUUUUAAAAGUUGUUACACCAAGAUGUCUGCCCUACAAUCCGAAAAAUUCGGUGUAAAUGCAUGAUAUUGCGAGUCAAUCGUCCCUAUUGCGCGUUAUUGUGUCGAUCCCACGCGUCGUUCGAUAUCCUAGCGUGAGUUUGUCUCAAACCCGCAACUUUUAAUAGACUCCUUUCUUUAUACAUCGAUGAUAAUGUAAUAUUAUUCCACGCCCUUAAAAUCGAAUGAUCAUGUUUGAUCUGCUUUGUUAUGUCCACCGAAAUUAACAUUCAUUAUGGGAUUUCAAGGUCGACUUGACUGAGAUGUUUUUUUCAAUCAUCUAAACGUUGAUAAACGCCUUACAAAUCACGAACCAACAUUAUCAAGCCUUUUAGUCAUACUGCAAUAUUUUUUUUAGCACAGCUUACAUCCCCUAAAGCAUCAUCGAAUGAUUUUCCACAUAAGGUGAGAAUCCUUUAGAUUUGAAGUGGAAUACGUAGAGUAAUAACAAAGUGCGACUGGCAACGUUCCAUCGAAGGUUCAACUUCCUACUUCCUCAGGAGGACGUGCGUGAGCGCACGAGCAAAACAACUUACUGCAGGAAAACUAAUAUUAUACUUUAGACUUGACUGGCUCCUUUGUUCCUAUAACUGGUGAUAUCAAACUAUGUCGGACACUUUUUAGAAGCACAUAUUGAGAAGCGAUUUCACUGUGCUGCAUCUUCAUGUAAACUUUAAUUGACCCUGGGAAUUGAGCUUACACGCAAGGAAUUUAUCCAGAGACUUCUAGUCUCUGUUUUUCUUCUAUAGCCAUUCGAAAUUCGAUUCUAACCCUGAGUUAUGAAAAAAUAUAUGUUUGUAAAGAACCAAAUGUUUCUAGUUGUUUUAAAAUUUUUUUUGACGUAUGCAAAUUGGCUCAGUUCUAAUCUGGCUAGGCUCUGGUUACAAUCCAAACAAAUACAACACUGCAUCGAAGAAUGUUUUGAACUUCCGUUGAACAGAACAGACUGGCGAUCCAAGGAAGUGGUGAAAUACGACAUUUGGUCCAAAUACUAUCAGUUUGGGGGAGACACUGAGUCAUUCAAAGCAGUUUCUGCAAGAGGAGCUGAUGAAAUCACAAUAGAGGUUCAGUUGAACUGUGCGAAAGGAAUAUUCUGUGUAGCUGCUUGGAGUAAGCUGCAACGUGAGAAACCUUAUUCAGAGGCCGAACCACUUCGCCAAAAGAAUAUGACUCAACUGGGACAGCAUGUGAGAACCAAAAGGUACCAAGUAGUCUGUACAAGGCGAAGAAAAGUUCACGGGGACUUUAAACUGAGAUAUCCUGAGAAAGUAGUGAAGAGAAAGAGGACGUCCAAACGAAGCAAAGACACUAAAGACGGUACGACUUGCGAGAAGAUUGAUCGAACCUUGAGGUUCUCUUAUCAACAGAAAAUCACACAAAAGGUUCCCCGCCAAAGGUUUGUUUACAAGCUGAGUAGACACUCAAGCAACAUUGAACCAGAAAUGAGCGCUUCUCGCCGAUCUAAAUCAUCACCAUUUGACAGCCACGCUGGAUUCUCUUCCGUAAAUUCGUUAAGCUCCACUAUUUCGCCUGUGGGGAAGUCGUCGCACCAGUCAGUCAUGCCUCUGUCUCACUGUCCUCACUGCCUAUGUCCAAGGUUUCUAUCUGCAACUAAAUCGAGUGGAGGUAACGGAAGGAUAAUGGUUAGUGGGCGCCCAUCACAGAAGGAAGCGGAUUUACCUCUUCUUCCAGCUUCGGCGCGUUCAAUCCCCGUAUCCGUCAUUCAGAGGAUCAGUUUUUUAUGAAAGACUCAAUUCUUACAAUAACCAACGUAUGACUAAUGUUCUUUAGCCGAAACUUUAACCCUCUUGAUGAAAUUUUGCAGUAAACAAUCGUAAUGACUAAAAAAUUUUUUUAAAAUAAUAAAUAAUAAAUUUAAUUUCUUCACGUA